AUGGCACCUCGUAUUCACAUCAAACAACAACAAACUCGUUCCGAGUCCUGCCAGCUACAUAUCCUAGUGGUAGGUGCAGGUCUGGCAGGACUGGGGUCAGCCAUUAGCUGCGCACUAGCUGGACACAGAGUCCACAUCUUCGAAGCAACCCGUGAGAUAAAAGAAGUCGGUGCCGGGAUUCAAGUUCUGCCUAAUAGUUCAAGGGUCCUUCAACAUUGGGGUCUGGAGGAGGCGCUCACACCACAUAUGACAUUUCCGCGCGUGUGCAACUUUAUUGGAUGGAAGGGAAAUCCGAUCUCGUCUUUGGAUUUUCACGAAUCUGAAAAGGGUUAUCCGGGGACUUGGUACCGGGAUUUUCAUCGUGCGGAUUUACAACGGUGUCUUGUCAAUCGGGCGUUGGAGCUGGGCGUGCAGAUCACGUGUAAUGCGAGGAUCACGAAUGUUCGUGUGAGGGAUGAUGGGGCGGUUGCGACGGCUGUUGCUGCGGAUGGAAGAGAGUGGGAAGGAGACUUGGUUCUUGGGGCUGAUGGGGUUUUUGGGAAACUGACGGAGGAGCUGCUUGGGCGUGAAGAUCCGCCGGUUAAGACGGGCGAUCUCGCAUAUCGAUUGCUUUUGUCUACAGAGGAGAUGCGCAAGGAUCCUGAAUUGGCUCCUUUUGUGAACGACCCUCAGGUCAAUUAUUGGCUUGGCCCAGAUGCUCAUGCAGUGAACUAUGUGCUUCGUGGGGGAGAUCUAUUCAAUAUGGUUCUUCUCGUGCCCGAUGAUAUACCUGAAGAGUCCCUUGCUACUACGAUCGAAGGAAAUGUGGAGGAGAUGUGUUCACUAUUCCAAGGCUGGGACCCAAGGAUUCAAAAACUACUCAAGCUAUGCGAGUCGGUACAAAAAUGGCGCUUGUGUAUCCGAUUUGGAGACUUCAAUUGGGCUCAUCCAUCCGGAGCAUGGGUGAUGCUGGGUGACGCAGUCCAUGCAACCCUGCCAUAUCUAGCUUCAGGAGCCGGCAUGGCCUUUGAAGAUGGCGCUGUUCUCGGCGAAUGUCUCUCCCGACUGCCAGACAAUCCACUUAUAAGCAAAACCUCGGCUGAGUUUCUGCAUGCCAAGAGGCAUGCUUUGGCAGUCUUCCAAGAAUGUCGAAAGCAGCGAACAAAAAUGGUGGUUGAGCGAGGCAACAUCCAGCAGUAUCUAUACCACCUCCACGACGGACAGGAACAACAAGAAAGAGAUUACAAGAUGCAGAUGACACCGACGCCAGAGGGAGAAGCUUUGGCUUGGAGAGACCCUGGUUUGGCACCAAAGCUUUUGGGUUACGAUCAUAUUGCAGACGUGGAUCGUUGUUGGAAGUUUUUACAAGGUGAUAUGGUGGAGUCUCGACUUUAG